AUGGCCUCGUCACGUCGAUCGAGCAAUGGCCGAUCACCGCUAGUGAAUCAACAGCGUCAAAUCACCUCUUUCUACUCCAAGACGACAUUAUCUUCUCCUUCCCCAUUGCCAUCCCCUGUUCUCUCCAAACAAGCUUCUAAACCUAACCCAAGCCCUAGCACUAGCUCCAGCCCCACUACUCCUUCACCUCUCCAAACCAAACGCAAGAAGCCCCUCUUAGUGAUCAGCCCAUCUCCACCAUCACCGUCAAGUCCUGCUUCCGACACGGCCAAGAAAUUGUAUGGAAAAGAGGUCGUGGACAAAAGAAUUAGGGUUUAUUGGCCGUUGGAUAAAACAUGGUACGAAGGUUUUGUUAAAUCUUUUGAUAAAAUUUCUGGGAAGCAUCUGGUUCAGUAUGAUGAUGCUGAGGAGGAGCUACUUGAUCUCGGGGAGGAAAAAGUUGAGUGGGUUGGGGAACCGGUGAACAAGUUUCGACGAUUGCGUCGCCUUUCCAUGGUUGAAGACGAUGUUGACAAAGAAGAGGAAAAGAGAAGUGUGGAGGAUGUGGAAAGUGGUGGUGGUGAUUCUGCGGACGAAGAUUGGGAAAAGAAUGCAGAAAAAGAGGAGGUUGAGGACGUCUCAGAGGAUAUGGAUUUGGAGGAUGAGGAAGAGGAUAAUGAAGUGGAAGGUGGGAAGAAAAUGGCCGCGUCAAGAAAGCGAAAGGUGAUUGGAGGAGCGAAUUUAGGUUCUAGAAAGAAAAGCAAGAGUGUUGGAGAUGUUAAAAAGAGUACGUCUAAGGUUUCUUUGCAUAUCAAUGGAGGAAAACCGAGGGAGGCUACUAAUAUCAUUGAUUGCGGAAAAGCAUCUCUUGUUGUCAAUAGUGUUUUAGUAUGUGAUGCAGCAGAGAGAUUUGGCAUCCGUGAAUCUGAGAAAUUUCGUUUCCUUAGAGAAGACCGGAGGGAUGCUAAUAAAAAACGUCCAGAAGAUGUCGGUUAUGAUCCGAAAACACUGUACAUACCUCCUGAUUUCUUAAAGAGAUUAACCGGUGGCCAGAGACAAUGGUGGGAGUUUAAGGCGAAGCAUAUGGACAAGGUUCUAUUUUUCAAGAUGGGAAAGUUCUAUGAGCUUUUUGAAAUGGAUGCGCAUAUAGGAGCAAAAGAACUUGAUUUGCAAUAUAUGAAGGUAGUUUGCGGAAAAGCAUCUCUUGUUGUCAAUAGUGUUUUAGUAUGUGAUGCGGCAGAGAGAUUUGGCAUCCGUGAAUCUGAGAAAUUUCGUUUCCUUAGAGAAGACCGGAGGGAUGCUAAUAAAAAACGUCCAGAAGAUGUCGGUUAUGAUCCGAAAACACUGUACAUACCUCCUGAUUUCUUAAAGAGAUUAACCGGUGGCCAGAGACAAUGGUGGGAGUUUAAGGCGAAGCAUAUGGACAAGGUUCUAUUUUUCAAGAUGGGAAAGUUCUAUGAGCUUUUUGAAAUGGAUGCGCAUAUAGGAGCAAAAGAACUUGAUUUGCAAUAUAUGAAGGGAGAACAACCUCACUGUGGAUUUCCAGAAAAGAACUUCUCGAUGAAUGUAGAGAAGUUGGCCCGAAAGGGUUAUCGAGUUCUUAUCGUGGAACAAACAGAAACACCUGAACAGCUUGAGCUUCGUCGCAAGGAGAAUGGUUCUAAAGAUAAGGUUGUGAAACGUGAAAUAUGUGCGGUUGUCACCAGAGGAACCUUAACUGAGGGAGAAAUGCUUUCAGCCAACCCUGAUGCUUCUUACUUAAUGGCAGUGACUGAGAACUGCCAAAUUUCAGAAAACCAACAAGAGGAGCGAAUCUUUGGUGUUUGUGUGGUUGACGUUGCCACAAGCAAAAUUAUUCUUGGACAGUUUGGGGACGAUUCGGAGUGCAGUGCUUUGUGUUGUCUAUUAUCUGAACUACGGCCAGUGGAAAUUAUAAAACCUGCUAAACUGCUCAGCCUUGAAACAGAUAGAAUACUGAUGAGACAUACAAGAAGUCCUUUAGUCAAUGAGUUGGUCCCACUCUUGGAAUUUUGGGAUGCUGAGAAAACUGUCAAUGAAGUCAAGGGUGUUUACACGCGUCUUAAUGACCAAUCUGUUUCUUCAUCUCUGAAAGACGCAAGUUCAUUUGCUAUUGACUCAUCUGGCAGAGAUGGCGGGGCGGAGUACCUACCAAAAAUUCUUUGUGAGCUUGUGAAUGCGGGCAAGAGUGGAAGCUAUGCACUCUCAGCUCUUGGAGGUGUUCUUUUCUACCUGAAGCAGGCUUUUCUUAAUGAAACUUUGCUUAGAUUUGCAAAGUUUGAGUUACUUCCUUGCUCUGGUUUUAGUCAUAUUACUCGAAAGCCAUAUAUGGUUCUCGAUGCAGCUGCAUUGGAGAACCUUGAGAUCUUUGAGAACAGUAGAAAUGGGGACUCUUCAGGGACCGUGUAUGCUCAAUUGAACCACUGCAUGACAGCAUUUGGGAAGAGGUUACUGAAAACCUGGCUUGCAAGACCAUUAUAUCAUCUGGGGUCAAUUAGGGAACGCCAAGAUGCUGUAGCAAGUCUGAAGGGAGUUAAUCUACCUUCUGUACUUGAAUUCCGAAAAGAGUUGUCCAGACUUCCUGACAUGGAGCGUUUGCUUGCGCGCAUAUUUGCUAGCAGUGAGGCUUGUGGAAGGAAUGCAAAUAAAGUAGUUUUAUACGAGGAUGCAACAAAGAAACAGCUUCAGGAGUUCAUAUCAGCUCUACGUGGUUCUGAAUUAAUGAUCCAUGCAUGCUCCUCUCUUGCUGUGAUUUUGGAAAAUGUCAACUCUACACUAUUAUACCAUUUAUUAACACCUGGUAAAGGUCUUCCCGAUGUUCAUUCAGUUUUAAAACCUUUCAAGGAUGCCUUUGAUUGGGUGGAAGCAAAUAAUUCCGGCCGAGUAAUACCUAGAGAGGGAGUUGAUAUGGAGUAUGACUCUGCCUGCAAACGAGUUAGGGAGGUUGAGUCCAAUUUGACAGAGCACUUGAAGGAACAGCAAAUACUACUUGGAGAUGCAUCGAUCAAUUAUGUAACAGUUGGCAAAGAUGCCUACCUUUUGGAAGUUCCAGAACACUUGUGCAGAAAUAUUCCGCGGAACUAUGAGUUACGUUCAUCAAAAAAGGGUUUCUUUCGUUACUGGACUCCGGUUAUUAAGAAAUUUAUCGGGGAGCUCUUGCAAGCUGAAUCUGAGAAGGAGACUAUGUUGAAAAGCAUUCUGCAGAGGUUGGUUGGACGUUUCUGCGAGCAUCAUAAGAAGUGGAGGCAAUUGGUUUUGACAAUUGCAGAACUGGAUGUUUUGAUGAGCUUAGCAAUUGCAAGUGACUACUAUGAAGGACCAACAUCCCGUCCAAAAUUCUCGGACUUAUCAAGUUUGGAUGAAGUGCCAUACCUUACUGCUAAAAGCUUAGGACAUCCUGUUCUUAGAAGUGAUACUCUAGGCAAGGGUGCAUUUGUCCCCAAUGAUGUUACUAUUGGUGGUUGUAGUUGUGCCAGCUUCAUCCUGCUCACUGGUCCUAAUAUGGGGGGGAAGUCUACUCUUCUGCGCCAAGUUUGCUUGGCUGUUAUUUUGGCCCAGGUAGGCGCAGAUGUACCUGCAGAAAGCUUUGAGUUGUCUCCUGUUGACCGUAUUUUUGUAAGAAUGGGUGCAAAAGAUCAUAUUAUGGCAGGCCAAAGUACAUUUUUAACCGAGCUUGUAGAAACUGCGUCUAUGCUGUCUUCUGCUACACAUAAUUCUCUUGUGGCAUUGGAUGAACUUGGGCGGGGCACAUCAACUUCAGAUGGACAAGCCAUAGCGGAAUCAGUUCUUGAACAUUUUGUCCAGAGGGUGCAGUGUCGAGGACUGUUCUCUACUCACUAUCAUCGAUUGGCUGUAGACUAUCAGAAAGAUCCCAAGGUCUCCCUGUGUCAUAUGGCAUGCCAAGUUGGAAAAGGAAUUGGAAGUGUUGAGGAAGUUACUUUUCUUUACCGGUUGACACUUGGUGCAUGCCCUAAAAGCUAUGGUGUCAAUGUUGCAAGGCUAGCUGGACUUCCGGACACGGUACUUCAAAAAGCUGCUGCCAAGUCUCGAGAGUUUGAGGAAAUGUAUGGUAAAAAUGAGAAGAACACUCUGAAAAAAUUGCCUGAACAGAGUUGGGAAGACAAGAUGAUAAUCCUCCAAAAUUUGAUCAAUGUUAUAGUUAGUAUUAAUUGCCAUGAGACUGCCGCUGAGAGUGCAGUGGCUAGCUCUUUGAUCAAUCUGCAACGCAGAACAAGGAUACUUCUGGAGCGGAAUUAG